ACCAGAACGAGAGAGCCCUCGUUUAGGAAGGGACACGUCAUUUUUGACACGGCGAUCAAAACACUGCACGAUACUUCUGCUUCAUUUGGCUCGAAACUGUGUCGGAGCAGCACAUCACUAUUCUAACCCCAUAUUUCCAUUACAGCCACAACAUUAGGACCAAGAUUACGAUGGAAAGUUGCAGAUCUGGAGAACAACGCAGCUUCGUUGACUCUGUGAAGGAAGAGAGUGAAGGUAAAACACUUCAUUUGAUCACUAUGAAAUAGAUAUGAUCUUUAGAAUCGAUCGAAGCACGAGGCAAACAGGAAAGAGUUUAUUAGGGUGAUCGUGCGCCAAAGACAAGGGUGUAACUUUGUGUUGCAAGUUGGUGGAGACGAAGAGGAACGGGGGGAAAGACGGGCGGGGCGCUUCCACAGUUACUAGAAGGCCUUUUGUUUUUUUUAGUGCUAAAAAUAAAGCUAAAACUUAAAUGUGAAUGCCAUACAGUCUUAUUCAAUAAAUUAGGAUAUAUGUCCUGAUCAGGGUUGUGUUGUGAAAACCGGUAUUCAUGGGUGAGAUUUUUCCAGGUAAACGCAGAAAACAGAUCAUAAAAGCCUGAGAGACAUAAGUAAUCUUGCAUUUUGAUUUAUUAAUGAUUAUAAAAUAAUUAUUCUUGUAUUUUGAUUUAUUAAUGAUUAUAAAAUAAGUAUUCUUGCAUUUUGAUUUAUUAAUGAUUAUAAAAUAAGCAUUCUUGUAUUUUGAUUUAUUAAUGAUUAUAAAAUAAGCAUUCUUGUAUUUUGAUUUAUUGAUGAUUAUACAAAGAGUUGACAUAAUGAAAAGCGGAUCAAGAAAUGAAUAACAUGAUGAAUAAAUGGUGAAUAGAGUGAAACUCAAAUGAUUAUUAGAAGAGGUAUGUUUGAAGAAUUAAGACGGGGAAACGUGGGGAAAUUACUGCGAGAGAAGCUGCAAAUUUGUAGAUAUCUAAAAAAAAAAUUAUGGGAUGGAAGAGAAAAUCUAUCUAAUAGUUGUGUGUCGUGAAAACUGGCAUGGGGUUGUGAGAUCUUUCCAGGUACACGCAGAAAACAGAGCAUAAAGGCCUGAGGGAAAUAAGUAAUCUAUGAGUUGUGUCAAGAAAACUGGUAUGGGGUUUGAGAUCUAUCCAGGUACACGCAGAAAAAGGUACAUGAAGGCCUGAAAGAAAUAAAGCAAUCUUGUGUUUUGAUUUAUAAUGAUUAAGUUGAACAUGUCUGAGUACAAUCUCUAAUAUGUGUAUGUGUAAUAAGUAACCACUAAAUAAUUCUGAAAUGUAUUUCUGAAUAAUGACCAUAAUAAUGUUAACAAAUAAUUAUGGAUUGAUGACUUAUAAUCUGACUUAUAAUCUGAAAGAGAAGUGAUUAGUUUUUAAUGUAUAUCAGAGCUGAGAUGAUGUGAAUGAUUUACAGUAGAUAUAAAUGAUUUUAAUACUAAGUUGAAUGUGGUAGGAAAGUGUUAACGGAUAAAGAGGGGAGUUAUAGAAAAGAAGGAAGUUGGAACAAUACAGUCAGCAGGAUGGGUGAGGCCCGGCUGACAGGAAAUGUCGCAAGUUGGGGAACUUGUUGCUGGACUCAGUAAACAGGAUGGGGGCCGGUACUUUCCACCGGAGAAGCAGCAGAUGUUCAGGAAGUCAUGCAGACCAAGCACACACACACACACACUCACAGUGGAGAAAAGUAUAAAAGAGGGCUGAAAUAAGGAAGCAACGGUUCUUGCUCCGCGGCGUCGAAAGAGAGACAACACAGAGGAGCAGAGACAGCAGAGGUCCGCAGCUCGGAACCACGGGGGAGUCAAGACUCAGCACCGCCAAGAAAGGACAAGACCCGAUUGCCACAGCCCCAGAUUCCUGAUAUGACCGUCGACCCUGCCCCCACCCACCGAUCGCUAACUAUGCAACAGACUUGGAGAAAAGACAAAGGUCCCGGAGGGAUAAAAGAGCUGGGUUUUCGAAGGAUUUGGACCCGCUCUGCUUUGCAUCUAUUCUAAGGGGGAUUUUUCCAUUAAAGGACAAAGACUCUGACCAAGGUUCGAGACAUUUCGGUUGCCAAAAAUCCAUCUCCAACUGGGUAAGAGCAGCAGCUGGUGGUUAAAGAAGAGGUUCCUGAAAUGAGCAGUUCCAGUUUGGACCAGCAGAACCUUACAUGUUCCCAGGUGAAGAAGGAAGAGGAGGAACAGUGGAUCAGUCAUUCUGAGAAAAAUGAAGUUGACGAGAAACCUCAGUUGGCAGAAGUUCAUCACAUCAAAAGUGAAGACAGCAGACAGACAGAAACUCUGACUAGCAGCUCAGCUGAACAGAUGAAAACAGAAUCUAAUGGAGAGAUAAGUGGAGGAACAGAACCUAACAGAGAACCGAAUCCAAAUCCUAAUUUACUCACAAAUAUUGAAGAAAGACAUUCAGCAUCUUCUGAGACUGAAGUCAGUGAUGAGAAGGAAGAGGAAAAUCUAUCAGGUUCUGGAUCUGAAAAUGAAGACAGUGAUGAGAGUGAAGAUGACAAUAUAUCAGGUUCUGGAUCUGAAAAUGAAGACAGUGAUGAGAGUGAAGAUGACAAUAUAUCAGGUUCUGGAUCUGAAAAUGAAGACAGUGAAGAGAGUGAAGAUGACAAUAUAUCAGGUUCUGGAUCUGAAAAUGAAGAUUGGAGGGAACCCAGAACACGUCAGUCUGGUGUAAACAGCAAAGUGGGACGUAAAGCUGCCAAGAAGGCCUUCAGCUGCCCUGACUGUGGUAAACAGUUUGUGAGGAAGCAGAUGUUCCAGAAACAUAUGGCAGGUCAUUCAGGAGAAAAGUCUUCCAGCUGUUCAGUUGAGAAGAAUCACUCUAGAGGGAAGCAAAACAGUGACGCACAGAUGGGAAGGAAAUCCUUUUCUUGUGACGAUUGUGGUAAAAUCUUUCAGAAACUAACUGCUCUUAAAUCUCAUAUGAAAAUCCAUCGUAGUAAAAAAUUAGUUGUUUGUAAAGAGUGUGGUAAAAGCUUUCGCUCUCAGUUUCAACUUAAAAAUCACCUGACACUCCACACAGGAGAAAGACCUUUUGCCUGUGAUAAAUGUGGCAAAAGGUUUAGCUAUAAGCUUCUCCUUCAAAAUCACAUGGUUUGCCACAGUAAAGAAAAACCAUUUGCCUGUGAUAAAUGUGAUCUAAAGUUUAGCCGGAAGAUGUACCUUAAAAUUCACAUGACCAUCCAUAAGGGAGAAAAACCAUUUGCAUGUAUUGACUGUGGCAGAUGCUUCAGACUUAAGAGUGAUCUAAAAGUCCACAUGACAACCCACUUAGAUGUAAAACCAUUCAUUUGUGGGUAUUGUGGUGUCAGAUUUACUCGUAAAGCAAGUCUGUGCCUGCAUGUUAGACACCACACUGGGGAAAAUCUGCUGCCAUGUGAUAAAUGUGAUAAAAAGUUUGCUCGAAAGUUUCACCUUCUGAAACAUAUGCAAUUUCAUGCAAAAGAGAAAAAUGUGGUGUCUGGAAAGGGGAACUUUGCUUGUGAAGAAUGUGGAAGACGGUUUGUCCGGAAGCGUCAUGUUGAAAGACAUAUGGUUAUUCACACCGGAAAGAAACGAUUUAGAUGCAAUAUUUGUUUGAAGACGUUUACUAGAUCUGAGAAUCUGAAGAAACACAAACUGAAAAUUCACAAUGAUUAGAGAUUUCAGUUCGUUUGAAAAGAUGUUCUGUGAAAAUACCACAGCAGCUUACAUUUUGUUUCCUUUUACUAACAACUAUGUAAUAUAUAAAUAUAUAUACAGUACAGACCAAAAGUUUGGACACAC